AUGAUUCCUACUGUAGAUCAACCUGUCCUCAUUAUAGGCGCUGGUAUAAGCGGCCUACUUCUUGCACAGAGUCUAUCACGACAUGGCAUUCCCUUUCGUGUAUUUGAACGUAACACGGACCUUGAAACAUGUGGUGUAGGAUGGGGUCUCACUCUUCUCUGGACGCUGCCCGUCUUGAAAGAUCUUUUGCCUAAACAUUUGUUUAAUCGCUUGCCAGAAGCCUAUGCUGAUCGACAAGCUGUUAUCCAGGGUCUGUCGUCGAGCUUCCCGUUCUUUGACUUGAGUACAGGAGAGCUCAAGGCAUCUGUACCAAAGGCUCCAGAGGCGGAACGUGUCCGAGUCACUAGACAAGGUCUCAGAGCUCUGCUAGCCACUGGGAUUGACAUUGAGUGGGGUAAAGGUGUUGCCGGAGUCGUGUCGAUAAACGACUCUGUCACUGCUUCAUUCGAGGAUGGUAGCUCAGCAAACGGGAGUUUACUCGUCGCAUGUGAUGGAAGUCACUCACGAGUGCGUCGCUCAAUGUUCCCCGAGUGGAAGCUCAAGGACAUUCCUGUUCGAAUGCUAGGCAUCAAGAUGGAGUUAUCACCUUCGCAGAUCAAACCAAUCCGCGACCUUGAUCCCUACUUCUUUCACAGCGCAAAUUCGAGAAAUAAUACCUUCGUAUACUUCAGUGUCCUCGAUGCGCCCGGUAAUCACACCGAUACAGACCGCCCGUACAUCGGGCAACUCUAUAUCUCGUGGCCAUAUCGCGAAGGUUUCCUGAACAGGCCUUCGCCCAUCGAAAUUCCGGAUACACCAGAAGAGAAGUACAAGUUGGUCCAAGAGUUGACUUCCACCUGGGCGGAGUGCUUUCAUCCACUUGUAUCCGCAGUCUCGCUCGACAGCGAGAUGAAAGGACUCAAGAUACAAGACUUGAUCCCCCCGAAAGACUUCCAAACAACUGGUCGAGCUGUACUCAUGGGAGAUGCUCUCCAUGCAAUGGCAAUGUACCGGGGUGAGGGCGCGAAUCAUGUCAUCUUCGAUGUUAAAGACUUUGUAGAACGAGUUGUUCCUACUCUCAACGGCGAUGGCGAUAUAAGAUCCGCGCUAGAUCAUGUAUACAUUCUGGCCAACCUUUCCAGUCUCAACUAA